UUUGGUUUGUGUUUGUGUUCAUAAACUCAAUUCUAUUAAGACGUGAAAUCGACAUUGUCAAGUUGUAGAAGUUUUCUUAUUGAAACGUCAGUUGUAUUAUUUCCAAAUUGUCGGGUUGCCACAAAAAGUUUUUGAAACAAUUUUGACACUAAAUGUAUAUUUUGUCUGAAAUAUAAUCGUAGCUGCAAUUGUCCAGCUUAACUUGCUGGGUUCACCUACAUAGUGUUUGAUAAAUUACAUUCCUCUAUAUAUACGUAUAUAUGUAUAUAUAUGGAUUUUUAUGCAUUUGCAACUAAAGUAAGAAAUUUACAACAAAAUUCGGAAUGAGUGAUCGCGAAUUUCCCAGCGUGCCGGUGACUACACUUGCGGGUUUAACAAGUCUAUCCGAUUUGCUCAGUGAACUUCCUGUAUCGGAGUCAUUUGGAACGUCCAUUAGCAAUAAAUCUCUCUUAUUUCAUACACUUGUGGCAAGCGAAUCAAAGAAUUUGCUUUCGUUACGAGACGAUGAAUUAACUAGACAGUUGGUUCAAGCUAUUGAGGGAACUGAUUCGGAAUUUAUUGACCUCAAAUCGGAAUAUAACAUAAACCAAAUCGGCACAAAAAUAAGUACUUAUCCUGAAUUAUUGAAGGGAAUAUAUAACUUUCGUCCGUCUGUGUUUAGCAAUUCCUAUAAAACAAAAUCCGAGGAAGGAGAUAACACCACGCCACCAAACAACGCCACAUCCUUAACUGACACUUUAAAAAAUGUUAGCAGACACGAAGGAGAAAGUUUAUGGGGAGAAGAAAAUGUCAGUUAUAAGCUUCAGUGGGAAAAUUGCAAUAUCGUCGAAGAAAACGCGGAAAAAGUAAUUUCAGGGAAUUUCUGUAUAAACAAAGAAGUAAACCAGAAAACCGAAAAUGAAGGAUGCUUUACUGUACAGGUACCAAAGGCUUGUCCUAAUGACAACACGAAUGCUGAGACUGGUUUUAAUAAUCUAAAUGAGAUAGAUAAUCAGAAGUCAAAGAAAAUGAAUAUGGACAAUGUGGGAAAUCCUGUAAUAAAAAGGGGCAAUGUCUUCGCCUUCAAAAAUCCGUUGGUACGUAUUAAUCGAUUGAAAACAGAAGAUAUAUGCCGUAUGAAGAAAAGCAUAAAAGAAUUUGCCCAAAAGUCUCCGAAAUCGUCCAAAAAACUUGGCAUAAUGGAUACUGCAAACGUCGAAAACGAUCACGGAUCUAGAUACGGAAUUGACUCUUCGAUUAUCAACACCAAAAUACCUGACGGCUGUUCAAAAGACAUUCAAAUUGCAGUUUUAGACGAUACAUUCAACAUCAUGAAAGCGAACGAAAAAGAUAGCUCUAAAAGAAAACACCCUGCGUCUGUCGAUGAUAUUCCCCCUGAUCAAAUAUAUUCCAAGCCGAAAAUCCGCCGGGUAGAACGAGUUCUUUCUCUUCUCCCCCCAAAAUGUUCCCGAGAUGACAUAAUGAGGUCUCAAACAUACCAACAAUUCAUGCGAAAUAUGGAUCAAAUAAUUGAAUUACUUGAUGAUACUGAAUCUCCUAAUUUCGAUACUGAUGAAGUUGAUGAAAAUGUCGAAUGUAUUUCUUCAAAGAUGUUAAAUGCCAUGAGCAACGACGUGGCAAAGCUAAAAGCAAAAAAUGUGCUUGAUUUAAUACCAAAAAAUAAAUUAACUUUAUUAAUAAAUUAUGCUAUGCGUAAUGUGUAUCUAGCAAAAAAUUAUUCAUGUGGCCCAGAUGAUGAUGAUGAAAUUGUAGAUGAUGAAGUCAUGGAAAAAAUAUUGAAUGCAAUCGAAGCAAGUCUUCUUGUGUGCAAUAUAUAUUCUACUGUGAGCGAUUUAAAAUUUUUGCAAGAAGAUAACAUUGCUCUGAUUAUAAAAUUCUUACAAUUUCAAUUGAGAGAAACAAUAUUUCCAUCAUAUGACUCAGUUUAUACCGUGAAAAGUGUAAAAAAAAGUGACAACCGUAAAAAGAGUAAAUAUUACCAUAACCAACAUCGUAAUUUACAACUUUUAUAUUCUAAAGUAGUUGAGUUGAUGAAGGUAUUUGUCAUGUUAUUUGACAAGUGCAUAUUUGUUGAUACUAUUGUCUUACCACUAUCGGCGUUAUCCAUUGAGCCUUUUUUUGUCGAUAACAUAGAAACACUGCAAUUUGUUUGUUUGGAGUUAGUUACAACAAUAUUUCGAAAGGAGUGCUAUGACAAAAUUCGCAGCAGUAUAUUGGGAGAUAUUUUAUCAUCCAUUGACCGUUUACCCUCAUCAAAAAGAAAUCUUCGACCUUUUAAAGUGACCAAUAAUGGUGGUAAUAUACAAAUGGUUACAGCUUUGGUUUUACAAUUGAUUCAAUGUGCAACAAUAUUACCCGAUACACUUUGUUCAAAUGAAACCUUAAACGAAUUUGGAAAUAAAGAUUUGACACCCAAUCUCAAAAAAGAUAACUCCGAUGUUGUUGUAUUGAAGAAAUAUGAUGUUGCAAUAAGCAUUGGAGGAAAUUUUUUAACCACAUUUCUCAAUAAAUGUAAAUCUCGAUCUAAUGAAACAGACUUUAGACCUUUGUUCGAAAACUUUAUUCAUGAUUUACUUUCGACGGUAAACAAACCAGAAUGGCCUGCAUCAGAACUACUACUUUCACUUCUUGGUACAAUGUUAGUACGAUAUGUAUCAGAUAAAACAAUAGAGCAGAGUAUUCGUUUAGUGUCUUUAGAUUACUUGGGAAUCGUUGCAUCUCGCUUGCGAAAAGAUACUGUAGAAUCACGAUGUAAAGUAAAUAUAAUCGAUUCCAUGAUAAAGUCAAUUAAGCAAGAACAAGAAAGAGAAGGUGAUCUGCCGGUAGUUAAUAUUAAUAUUAAAUUAGACCCAGAGGAGGAAAGAACCGAAUUUCUCCAAAAAAUUCUUUUGGAUUUUUUAGCCGUGAACGCGCAGGAGGAAAAUUUAAUUUGGGACUAUGCACGCCACUUUUACUUAGUGCAGUGGUAUCGAGAUAUUAUAUAUCAGCGUCGAAAAAUUGCCGAAGGGGAUAAACGAUAUGCCAGUCGUAAAAAAAUGGCUAAAAAUCGACAUAAAGACACCCAUCGAAAAGGAAUAUCUUCGGACUCAUCGCAGGGUGAGAGUGAUGUAGAAAGCGGGGAUGACAAAAGCACCAAUGAGUUACAAAAUUUCAACUCGACUGUUGUGGAUCAGGAAUUGAACUUAGAAAUUUUUAAAAGUCUGGAGGAAAGGAAGAGCUAUCUUCUUUCAAAAAUUAGACCAUAUGCUUCCCUGACCGAUAUUAACAACCAUGCAACUCAACAUAUCAAAACUUAUAUUGACUACAACAACGCUCAACUUAUUGCACAAUAUCUGGGGACCAAAAGGCCUUUUAGUCAGUCUUUUGAUGGUUACUUAAAGAAAAUUAUACUAGUUGUGAACGAGCCCUCAAUAGCUGUAAGAACUAGAGCAAUGAAGUGUUUGGCUAAUAUUGUAGAAGUGGAUCCCUUCGUUUUGAAAAGAAAAGACAUGCAAGUGGGAGUAAACCAAAAGUUCUUGGAUGCCGCUAUUUCCGUGCGAGAAGCAGCUGUUGACUUAAUUGGAAAAUUUGUUCUAAGCAAUGAAGAACUAAUUGAUCAGUAUUACGACAUGUUGUCUACAAGAAUUUUGGACACUGGUGUGUCGGUGAGAAAACGCGUUAUUAAAAUUUUGCGUGAUAUAUGCAUAGAAUAUCCAGAUUUUAAAAAAAUACCUGAGAUAUGCGUCAAGAUGAUAAGACGUGUUAAUGACGAAGAAGGCAUUCAAAAACUCGUUACUGAAGUUUUUAUGAAAAUGUGGUUUACGCCAUGUAAUAAAGGAGAUAAGCACGGCAUUCUUAGAAAAAUUAACCAGAUAAUUGAUGUGGUCAACACAGCACAUGACACCGGGACGAGUUGGUUAGAAGGCUUAUUAAAUAGUAUAUUUCAACCUAAAGAAAAUAUUCUGAAAUUGGAUGGUAAUGCUCAAGACGUCGUAAAAAAAAAUAGCGAACCUCCUCCUGAAAUAAUCUUGGCGUGUCAACAAUUAGCCGACGGACUUGUAGAUAGACUUAUAGAACUAGAAGAUACCGACAAUGAACGAAUGCUAGGAUGUAUAACAACACUGCAUUUGCUAGCCAAGGUCCGCCCUCAACUGUUAGUUAGGCAUGCUAUGACUAUAGAGCCUUAUUUAAAUAUAAAGUGUCAUCCAUCCACUGCUCCUAAAUUUAUAUGUGCUGUUGCGGACAUACUAGAAAAGGUUGUGCCAUUGGUAAAUAACGCAAGCGAAACUUUUUUGGCAUCAUUGGAAGAACAUUUAAUGUUACUAGUUGUAUCUCUAAAUCAGGCUGUUGUAUCAAGUUGUGUAUCCUGCCUAGGAGCUGUCGUAAAUAAAAUAACAAAAAAUUUUAAACUUAUUCGGGAUUGUUUUCAAAACAAUUUUCUUCACUUCGGCGUUGUUAAAUUCACCAUCAUUAUCACUGAGCAAGGUUUUAAGCGUGUGCCCUUGGCUUUUGGAAUAUGCGGAGCUUUGUUUUACAGAAUUUUGGAUUAUAGCAGAAGCCAAAUUAUACAAAAUAACCAAAUAUUGGAAAAUAUUUAUACCCCUAUGUUUCGCCGCAGUUUAUUUACAAUCGGAAUACUAAUGCGCUAUUUUGACUUUAAAGCAUCAUAUUUAAUAGGAGACUGCAGCACCCUGCCGCCAACAAUAUGCGAUGAUGUUUUCGACUGUAUUAUGUUCUUUAGCCAAUGUUCUAACUACGAAAUUCGAAAACAAUCUUUAAUAGCUUUAGGUUCAUUUUGUGUAAUGAAUGAUAACUACUUGAUAAGGCCGGAGCUGAAGCAAUUUUACUGUGAUAUUCUUAGUUCAGAUAAAAUAGAAGCAAGUAUAAAAAUUAUAUGUAUGCGGAACAUAUGGAUCUAUCUUACAGAAUCUGAAAUGAACAUGCAUAAUAGGGAAAAAGAAUGGGAAAAGCAGUCACAAAAUGAAGACCUUAAAGAAAUGAAUGACGUUUCCUCUGGCAUGGCAAGUCGCGUGAUACAAUUAUACUUGCAAGAAAUAUUGGAGUGUUUUCUUAAUCGAGAUGAUGCAGUCCGCCUCUGGGCAGUAAAAGUAAUUCAAAUAGUUCUGCGACAAGGCUUAGUUCAUCCAGUGCGAAUGGUGCCGUAUUUGAUUUGUUUGAGUACAGAUUACAAGCUUGAGACCGCUCAUAGAGCAGAUGCCUUACUUAAAGAAAUCGAUAGAUCUUAUGCAGGCUUUGUAAAUAUGAAAGUACAAUUUGGUUUGCAACUAUGUUUUAAGUUGCAAGAAGUAUUGCAAUAUAAUAGUAAAUCCAGAAGCUGUGUGAUACGAGGAUAUGUGAAACGAGAAAGUGAUGUGUUACCUACCGCUUUAAAUGAUUUCUUAUACACACUUUUGCGAUCAACUAAACCCCAAAGAAGAGCGUUAGUCCAAACAGUCACCAAACAAUUUGAUGAUCAGAAAACAACACUUCGUCAAAUGCUGUACAUAGCAGACAAUUUAGCUUAUUUCCCGUACGUCGUCCAGGACGAGCCUCUGUACUUAAUUCAUCAAAUUGAUUUGCUAAUAUCUAUGGCUGGAACCAAUAUAUUGGCAACAUUUAAAGAAUGCUUAAAGCCAAGUGAAAGGACUCACGAUAUUCUAGAGGAUGACGAUGACGAAGAAGAUCCGGAAAUACUAUUUAAGAGACUUCCGGAAGAUACACUUGAAAUACAAAGAUGCAUAACAUCUGCCCAAGCUUGUAUGUUACUAUUAAUUUUGAAAGAACACCUGAAAGAUAUGUAUAGCAUAACUGAUAGUAAAAUAUCUCGAUAUUCGCCGUCAGAAACAAAAAUUCACGAAAAAGCUGUUACGCGUAAGAACGUCCCAGAUUUUAAUCCAAUUACAACAAUAGAUGUUAUAAGGAAACAACAUGAACAAAAAUAUUCAUUGGAUUCAGAAGAAAUACACACAAAUCUUCUUAAUGACCAAGAAAAAAUGGAUAUUGUUCUCAAAUACCUAGAUUUUAAGCAACUUAUGUUGAAAUUAGAUCCAGAAGAUGUAGAAUCAGAUGAGGAACUACGAGAGAAAUCUAAACUUAAUGCAGUUAUUAAACCCGAUUCGUCCCCAAUAUCUGCAGUAAAUUCUAAAGAAGGGAACGGAGCUGAAAUUAAGGAAAAAGACAGUGACAAAAAAUUUUCUUCUGUUUUAUCUUCCAACUUAAAUACACAAAAUGUUAAUUUUCCUGAAGCAACGCAUUCUCCAAUAAAGGAUGGUCCAUACAUUCUUUUGUCAAAAACUUCAACUUCAAACUUCACAGAGGCUUAAUAAGAAUUGCAGCAUCCAAUGUUGUUAUGGUGAAACGUUUUGAAGAGAAUCGCAGAGGCGGAGGUGGUGCAGCGUUCCUAAUACACCAUCCUGUUUAUACAAAUUAGAAAAUGUUGAUUUCUUUGUUGACCUCGGCGUUAUCUUGGAUCAAAACUACGAUGUUAUUUACACAUUGACUCGAGUGUUAAUAAAGCCAAGUCUAUUAGGUUUUAUUAAACGCUGGUCCAAUGAGUUCGUUGAUCCUUAUGUCACCAAAAAGCUGUUCGCUUAGUUCUCCCAGUAUAAAAAUACGGAUGCAUUCUGUGGAGUCCUUUUUACAAAUGCUUUUUAGAUACGAUUUAUCAUCUCUGUUGUUUAAGUGUAGGUUAGGUUUAGGUUAAGGUAGUUUUAAGGUAAAUAAAAUGAGAUAUGCUCUCAGCAUUGUGGUGCUGGGAGCAAGCACGAUAUACACACUUAGUUUAGUAAACACUAAUUAACAAUUGUUUGUAAAGCCAGACGCUGAAAAUACGCUUUAGUCAAUAAAACAAAACAUUAUAGUUUUAAGUAUUUCUUUCUUCACUUUAAAAUUGUAAAUUUUCGUGUUAAAAAAAAGACUCAAUAAAUUUGAAUUGAAUUUAUAGAUAAAAUCGAAA